AUGCUGGAUUCUGGGCCUUACUCAUCUAUAUUAGAAAUUGCAUUACCCUCCCCUCUACGUUCUCCCUUCAACUCUCCGUUCGCCCUUCCCCUCUCCGUCGCGCUUCCCCUCUCCGUUCGCCCUUCCCCUCUCCGUUCGCCCUUUCCCUCUCCGUUCGCCCCUCCCCUCUCCGUUCGCCCUUCCCCUCUCCGUUCGCCCUUCCCCUCUCCGUUCGCCCUUCCCUCUCCGUUCGCCCCUCCCUCUCCGUUCGCCCUUCCCCUCUCCGUUCGCCCCUCCCCUCUCCGUUCGCCCUUCCCCUCUCCGUUCGCCCUUCCCCUUUCCGUCGCGCUUCCCCUCUCCGUUCGCCCUUCCUCUCUCCGUGGCGCUUCCUCUCUCCCGUCGCCCCUCUUCUCUCCCGUCGCCCCUCCUCUCUCCCGUCAACCUUCCUCUCUCUCCUUACUACGUCGCUCUCGCUGCAUCGCCUACCUUCGUGCCAGGCGCUCAUGUUUGGAGCUCUAA